CAAACACCCACAGCUCUUCCUCUCUCUCCCUCAGUGUCUCCUCUUCAGUCCUCACUCUCAUAUCAUCUCAUUGGCAUUUGCAUCUCUUCAGCAACUACAGCCGCAGCAGCAGCAGCAAAAAACAAAACACGCCCCAUAUGGCCUCUCGUUCCACUUCUUCGCUUUGUACCACCGCGCUUCUUCUCCUGGUCGUUUCUUGGGCAGCAUCCGCUUUUGCCCGCAACUUCUACCAAGACUUCGACAUAACCUGGGGAGAUGGCCGAGCUCAGAUCCUCAAUAGUGGCGACCUCCUCACUCUUUCCCUCGACAAGGCCUCCGGCUCCGGCUUCCAGUCCAAGAACGAGUACCUGUUUGGCAAGAUUGACAUGCAACUCAAGCUCGUUCCCGGCAACUCCGCAGGCACCGUCACCGCUUACUAUUUAUCUUCAAACGGGUCGACGUGGGACGAGAUAGACUUCGAGUUCUUGGGGAACUUGAGCGGCGAUCCAUACAUUCUCCACACCAACGUCUUCAGCCAAGGCAAGGGUAACCGAGAGCAGCAAUUCUAUCUCUGGUUCGACCCAACUGCUGAUUUCCACACCUACUCCAUCCUCUGGAAUCCACAACGCAUCAUAUUCUCAGUGGACGGGACUCCCAUCAGAGAGUUCAAGAACGCAGAGUCCAUCGGCGUUCCCUUCCCCAAGGCCCAGCCCAUGAGGAUAUUCUCGAGCCUCUGGAACGCGGACGACUGGGCAACCAGAGGCGGGCUCGUAAAGACAGACUGGACACAAGCGCCCUUCACUGCUUCCUACAGGAACUUCAAUGCUGAUAACGCCUGCGUUUCGUCAUCUGGGUCCUCAUCUUGCACUUCGUCUUCAUCUUCUUCGGAUGGUAAUGCAUGGCUAUCGGAAGAGCUCGACUCAACAAGCCAAGAGAGGCUGAAGUGGGUUCAGAGCAACUACAUGAUCUACAACUACUGUACAGAUGCCAAAAGAUUCCCCCAAGGCGUCCCUCCUGAGUGCACCAUGUCCUAGACGACACAAGACAUAGGAUUUGUAGAAAAUUCUUCGUUUUUUUUUUUUUUUUUUUUUUUUUUUCCGCUUUGUGAGCCAACUCUAUUCAUUAGUUAAUCUCCCUCUCGAUGUGCUCGAGAAGCAAUUGAUAAUCUUUUAUUCUUUGACAUUGUAUAACAGUCUUGUCUUUACUCAAUGAAACAGAAACUCAUCUUGGAUUUCA